GGAUGGAUGACCAUUGAAUUCACAUUAAUGGGAAGCUGGACGAGUGGAUGGAUGGAGUCAGUCAGACAGACACACACGACAGCCACACCGCAUGGCACAUUCACGUUAUGCCAUAUGAAGGCCAACAGGCAGCUAUAGUGUACAGAGCAGCAUGCCGAAGCCAGCCUCCCUGUAUGUCUGGCUGGCUGGCUGGCUGGCUGCAGCGCAUGAAUCCAUUCAUCCAUAUUGCUAGGGCAGGGCAGGGCAGCAAGUCAGUGAGUCAGUCAGUGGUAUGUGAUCUUGUCGGGCGGCAAGUGGCCCACAUUGCCGAAUUCGCGGGCAGACACGUAGCCCUGCAAAACACAGAACAAUUCACGCAACAAACACACAACACAGCAGCAUUUUCUUUGUACUGCGUACAUUGUUGUCGAGUGAUAGCCUGGUGAUGCCACAGUUGAAACACGCGAGCCUCAGCCACCCAUUGGGGUUGAACUGCAGCGCCCGGGCGAAGAAAUAACGAAUCACGUUGCCUGCACACACACACACACACACGAUGACGCACAGCCAACCAUGUCCGACUUCCGCCGAUGCCUACAUACCGUGUAUGACGAAUAUCUCGUAUUGGAUUUGGUCCUUCUUUUCCUUGCCCAGGUUCGGCCCUGGGGGUGGGGGGUUGAGUAGGGGCCGCCAAAAGUACUUCUGGAAGGCGCGCUCGAUACGGGGAGGGUCUCUGAUGCACACACACACACACAUGUUGACAGACGUGUGCAUGUGUGAGCAGAGCACGGGUCGUCAUGUGUCCCUCACUUGGCUUCGUCUUCUGGCGACGGUGACCAGUUUCUGGAUGGCGGGUCGGGGAUGGCCGGCACGCCCUCGGCCAGAUCGGGGUCCUCGAUCACCUCGACCUUCGGGAAAUACUUCUGACGGAUGAACGAAUCAAUACAUGGCAGAUGCAGGCACGUGUUGACGGAAAUGCAUGCACGUGCUGUGCGUCGCUCACGGCUAUGAUGGCGGCGCUCUCGCGGGCCCUCUGAUGAUUGAAAGAAUACAGGAGAGGUGUUACGUGGGGGACGUGGCAUCAUGGCUGCGUUCGUUGUGGUGUAUUGUGUUGUGGUGUCACGUCACCUUCAUGUUUGAGUGGCAGAUGGACAUGACGAUCUUGCCCUUCAGCAGCUCCUUUAGCCGCUGACCUGCCGAUACGCAUGCACAUACGCACACUCAGACAGCACAGCACAUCCAAGCGUCCUUCCUUUACCCUCUCAUCGGCCCACCUGUGAGCUCCGCCUGUUCCUUGCCGAUGUCAGUGAGGCCGUGCUUCUCGUCAUCCUCCACCUCGACGUUGUCAUACUGACCUAACACACACACACACACACACACACGCGCGCGCGCGCACACACACACACACACAUACAUCCUCUCUGCUCUAGCUGAAGACAUCCAUGGUAACCCACUGAGUCACUGACGGACGCACCGUGUCUGAUGAGGAUGAUCUCCCGUAUGGCCCUGCGUGGCUUUGGCUUAGAGGGGUCCAUCGGCCGUAUGUCGGUGGGGGGGACGGGGUGGGGCGCCGGGUGCCAAUCUAGAUCCCAGUCGAAGUCCCAUGAAGGGAACUGAAGCAGGCACACACAUAUACACAAAGAGGGACAACAGACAUGAGUGCAGGAAGAGCGAGUGCAGCAUCCAUGGCAGUGCAGGGCAGGGCAGUGUGACGCAUCUAAAUAAUCGUCCCGUCAGUUCGCCGGUAAAGGCUCUCAGCAGCGCUCAUGCGUCAUGAGCGCUCAGAAGAUAAAGAACCAUUAAUAAACCAAUCAUCAAUCGGACAGCCUGGCUGCCCUGCCCGCCAUGCCACCCUCCAUCCCUCCCUCCCUGUCAGUGUCAGUCACCCUUUCCUCCUUGGGAAAGAGAUACGAAGCCACGUAGUCAUAGAUGAACAUGCCGGUCGCCGCGCCGAUCAGCGCCAUGGCCACAGGCACCCAUAUGGGCGCCGGCGUCUUGCCGCCGCCCUCCCGCCUCUCACUCCUCGACUCGCCCUCCUCCUUCUGCUGCUGCAAUGACUCAAACCGCGCCUUGUAGCUCCCAGCAAAGUGCCGCACUUGAUGCAUCGGGCCGGCGCGAAAGAUGAACAGAUGGCUCGUGCUCGAGAGGGCUCGAUGGUGCAGAUGCAGCACGCGCAGUGGUGGGCCCCGGCCGCCUCUGCUCGCUGCGAACAGGCGCACGCAGGAACGCCGCAUCGUUUGCUGAUCGGAUCUUGCCGGAUGCCGCACUCAGGAAGCCUCAAUCUUCACGAUCCAACCUUUUGCAGCCUGCGCGUUCCCCUGGCGAUGCGUUCUCUCUCC